CGGGUGGGUCUUUGCAUUCUUCACUGCGGCCUGACAUACCGACCUACAUUGCGCAAUCGCAAUCGGCAUCCUAUUCACGCAUCGGACUAUGCCCAAUCCAAAGAUCUGCCUCUACGCCGAAGCGCUGACCCACAUUCGGCAACUCACGCUUCAUGCCUCGCUUCAGACCGAGAAGAACGAACACACCAAGAUUUUGAUCUCGUCGGACAAGAAGAUCAUCGCGGCGGUGCACGACGGCGAGACUUCGAGCAUUUACCUGCCAACUCAGAUCUCGGGGACUGUCAACGCCACUUUUCCCACGGACAAAAGGACCGAGAUCUCGGUACGACUGCAGAUUGACGACCAGUUUCCUGCUAGCGGUGAGGCUGCUGGCGGCGAGACCGUCGAAGUGCCAUGGUCGGCGGGCGAGUUGUCUCGCGAGACUGCGAUCGCGUGCAAGAAGUGCGGCACUGAGAUCCUGGCGGCUGGCAAGGUGGGUGUCUGGAAGGAUCUGCCUAGUGAUCAUUGGGCGGAGUUGAUGGACCUUUGGUUCUGUCAUAAGCCCCAUGAUGAUCACGGGCACGGCCAUGGGCAUGAACACGGCGGCCAGUCUGACGACACUGUCGCUGCUGCUGCUGAGGCCAAGGGCUUCUCUGCCACGAGUAAAGUCGCUGACGCAAGGCCUGGCACUGGCUUGGUGGAUGUCGUGUCUUUCCUACUGCACAGAGACGAUUGUGCGAAUGUUCAGGUGCAGAAGACCAGUAACGAUUCGAAGAAAAAUACGACGAUCGUGAAAUGCGAUUCUUGCAGCGCGACUGUCGGAUCAACCAUACAAGGAGAGACGAGUGUCAGAAUGUACAAGUCCAGGCUGAAGGUCAGCGUGACGAACAAAGAAGACAGUUGGGAAGAAUAUCCCACCGCAGUCUUCCUCUGCGCGCAACUAUUAUCCCUUAUCGAAAGCUCAGUGAGUCGCAAGGUCGUCGUCCACGACGAGGUCGGAAGUCAGGGUCUUUUGAUCUGGGUCUUCAAUCCGGACAUAUACUACUCGAGCAGCAAGCGCGGUCCAACGGCACAUCGGGCGAUGAAGGUCUUUUAUAAGACUCUGGAUGAGGAGCCGGGCAAGUUUCUCGAGACGAGUGGCGCUGCGGCGUACGAGGAACUCGUUGUGCCGGCGGAGGAUUAUGAAGAGUUUACGACGACGUUGCGCGAGAGUACGGAUGUGCUUCCGCAGGCUGCAAGAUUGUUCCAGGAUUGGAAUGUGGGCUUGUUGGAUCGCUGGGAGAAGAAGGCGAGUGGGUCGAUGGUGUUGGAUGGGAAUCCGCUGAAUAGGAAGGUCGAGGAGGGGUUCGAAGUGUUUAAGUUGCCGGCUGGUAUGGCGGAGCUUUAUCUUUGAAAGGAUACGCUAGGCGGUAGUAUUGUUCUACCACCAGUGGAAUGAUAUUACGCCCUUUAAUGAGCGGACAGUCGACCAAACAGUCGCUGAAU